UGGUCUGAUUAUGCAUUUGGCAUUGUCGGAAUUUGUUUGUUGACUUCGUGGAUAAAAUUACGAAAAAUUAAUACUUUUCUUUAGUUUUGGGCCUGAUAAGUUAAAUAUAAAAUGAUUCAUUACAUUGCUACUAAGUGUUAACAAGCAACAUACAAACAAAACAAGCAAACAAGCAACGAAGUGUCUUAAAAUGGAUCAUCAACCUCUUUCAACGAAAUUGGCUUCACUAAGCCUAAUUUCUCAAUGUAAACUGAAAGACAUUCUUUUAUUGUGUGGUGAUAAAAAGGAUCUUAUUAUAGACCCUACGCUUAUUAAGCCUUUAGAGAGAAUCUGCGGUGUUAACUGGCUUCGGCAACAUGGCAUUGACAAAAUUUACAAAAUGGACCCUCAACUCAGCAGCACAGCCAACACGAUUAGAGUUUACUUCAUACCCGCUUGUAUUUUGAAGUACAAGUGUGUGUUGGACCAGAUUGCGUCACUGCUCAGUCAGAACCCUGCCCUCGCUGACCUGAAGUGCUUCCACAUCAUCAUAGUGCCCAAAGUACUCACAACAUAUGACUCAGUACUUGAGAGUAAGGGCUUGUAUGGUAUUGUGAAGCUUCAUACAUUCUCAUGGGAGCUCAUGGCUUUAGAUGAACAACUAUUAAGUUUGGAGCUACCAUUUUUGUUCAAGCAACUCUUUGUUGAACAGAAUCACUCUUUACUAUCUAGUAUAUCCAUGUCUUUGUGGAGUCUGUUCCAUGUAACUGGCAAGCCUAAAGCAAUUUUCUCUGUAGGAAAACUUUCUGCAAGCAUACUGGAUAUGUUAGAGAUUUACAAUGAGACUUAUGCCAGAGAUUUUCUUGAUACUCACAGUUCUAAGGAUAUUGGAGCUCUGAUUGUUAUUGAUAGAAACCAAGACUAUGCAUCAAGUCUACUAACACCUGCAACAUACAGUGGCCUCCUUAGUGAACUGUUUAACAUCAACUGUGGCCAUCUAGACUUGAAUGUCAAAGAGACAAAAUUAAAAAAAGGAAAACUGAACUUUGGCUCUGAAGAGGAAGGUGCAAGUUCCAAGAACACAGUGAUGACCCUAGAUAGCUCAACAGACACUUUGUAUGGUGAAAUCAAACAUAGACAUUUCUCUGAAGUACUAAGUGUUUUAAGUUCUAAAGCAAAGCUGCUGAAGAAUGAGGAUAUUAAAGCUUUAGGAAUUCAGGAGAUUAAGCAUUUUGUAGCAACCAAGCUGCAACAAGUGUCACUGUUUAAGCAGAAUCUAGUCAACCAUGUGCUAGCUUGUGAAACUAUUAUCUCAGAAAUGAGCAACAAGUUUGAGAACCUCAAACUGGCUGAGACAGAGAUGCUCAACAACAGGAACAAGAAGUCAAACUUCACUUUUGUUGAUGAAAUCUUUGGCACAGAUAUACAUAUUUAUAAUAGUUUACGUCUCAUGUGUCUUAUUAGUUUAACUCAGUCACUAACUUAUGAUGAAUACAAUGCAUUAGUUAGCAAAUAUUUAUUAGCUUUUGGCUACAAAUAUUUAUAUGUUUUCAACAAUCUUAUCAAUGCUGGAUUGCUAGUCCAACCUUCAAGUCCAAAAUUGUCUUUGAAUAUUUCAAAUCUUGGUAACUUAAGUGACAGAUUACCAAAAUGGCAGAAUGAGUUCCAGAGUAAUGCAAACAAGUUGAAACAACUGCCGUCACAAGCUGAUAAGGUUGGUGCAGCCUCACCAAGUUAUGUUUUCCAUGGAGGCUACAUCCCCUUAGUGGCUGUCCUAUGCAAUGCCUUACUGACUUCUGACUCACUAGCUGAAGCUUUAGCUAAAUUAUCAGCUGUUACAGACUUGAGGGUAGGAGGUGCAAUACUAGAGAAAUUCAAAGAUGGAAUGCAAACUUUAAAUGAGAAAUUAUCAAAUUUAAAAUUGCAAAAUGAUUUGGAAUUUGGUUGUAAAGAUGUAAGGGGCUUAGCUAAAGUUUUGAAGAGCGAGCCAAAUAAAGGGGGUUGUUUUCCUUUGAAGCCUAAAACUAUAUUAGUGUAUGUGGUGGGAGGGGUGAACUAUGCAGAGGUAGCAGCUUGUGAUGUGGUUCAGACAAAUACUGGAAGUAAAAUAUUUGUGGCCAGUGACUGUAUAUCUAGUGGGGCUGAUUUAAUGGCAGCUAAUACUUGAACACUUACCUGCUGAAAGAUUUUACUACUCAUGACUGAAAUCAAUAACUGCAGUUAUUAUACCAAGGAUAAGACUUUGAAAUAAGGCUCUAACUCUCAUUACAGAAAUUAUGAUUAUGCUAAUAAGUAAUAAUUGAUGGUAGGUAAAGCUUUUACCUAUGUUGAGGAGUAGCCACAGGCAUUGUAUGAUUUUAUUUGGUAUUUUAAAGAUUUUUAUGUGGUUACUAUUAUAUUAUGUUGAAACAGCUGAUGGUAUAUUUGAUCUAUUAUGAUGAAUGGGUGCAAUCUCUUGUAAGCUAGCUUUAAAUAAGAAUGAUUUUAAAUGUUUCUGCUUAUUGUUAUUGUAUAACAUGACAAUUAUGCUAAGUAUUCUUAUGUUUGUAAAACUUAUGAAUUACGUAAAUAUGUCUAAGCUAAAAUGUGUCAUAAUAAAUAGUAAAUAAAAUCUCACAACUUUAUUAAAA